CAAGCGUGCCUGGCUGCAAAUUUGCUUUUUAAGAUGUAGUGAUUGAUCCACGUCCCCUUCUGCGUCUUAUUCCUCAAUGGCUUUCGUUCUGAAAACAAGCCUCUUCUACCUUUGCUUGUUAUUCGUUCGGGGGGGAUUGGCGCAGGGGUUCAGCUUGGUGACAACAGCUCGGAAUUCGAGCCAAUUGUUUGGCACCUCAACCGUCCAGUGCCAACCGGGUUACGAUUGGGCGAGUAAUUCGUUGGGCCAAAAUCCAUGUUUGAUAGCUGCAUUUCUCACUGGGGCUUGUGGCAAUGGAGAUGGGGAAGUGAGGAGUCUGACCCCAUUCUGUGAACCCUACAAUUCGCCCAUAGACAACAGCGGCCUAGAUACAAGCCAAUGUGCGUUUUCCAUUGUGCUUCCGUUGCUUUCCCCCUGUAGCCAACAUUUAGCUUCUGAAAGGUGUUUGUUCAUCUGUUCACUACAACCUGAUCGCUGCGUGUGCUGGUUGUCAGGGAGAACCUUAUGUCAAAUGGAGCAAUUAUUCCUAUUAUUGUCCCACUUCUUACAUUACGGAGGGAAAUGUUCCCGUUUCACUUCCUAGCGACACUCGUAUUCCGGCUUGGGCUUAUCUCAAGCCAAGCCAAAACAACGAUUGGUAUGUGAUCUUUUAGCGUUAGACAUCCUGUCUAUCGGACGACCUGACAAUCACCCAUUUCGCUAGGUACAAUGCCCCCCUUUCUAAAAAGAUUGGACGCAACCCAGAGAAUCAGAAACUCAGCAAUC